GAGAAGAAAGCGUACCUUGCUGCUGCUCGAUGCCUUACCCGAACUUUGUCUCCCCGGGGCCCGAGUGUGGCUAUUCAUGAUGAGUUCUCGCUGCUUCAUAGUCGUACGGGAAAUUACUCUCACAAUGCCGCCCCUUUCCUGCCAUGGCAUCGCUACUUCAUUCAGGCCUAUGAGCAGGCCCUACACACCCACUGCAACUACACCGACACACUCCCAUACUGGGACUGGACCCUCGACCACGCCAACCUCAUUCGCUCCCCCAUCUGGCACCCCAUCGAUGGAUUCGGAUCCAACGGGUCCGGUCCUGACAGCGUCGCCGCCGGUCACUGUGUCCAGGACGGUCCCUUCGCCGGUUUCACAGCGGCGUAUUUUGAAGGCACUUACCACCCCCAUUGUCUCUCUCGGGGGUUCCUCAACGAAGAGACUAUCAAACGGGUUGGUAAUCUCACUGUCAAACCCUCUAUCCUGCAGGAAAUCAUCACCCAGAAUUCCACAUACUUCGAUUUCCUUCUGAGCGUGGAGCAAAUGUCGCACUUGACCAUUCCGUACAUAGUCCAGGGGGAUUUCUCAAAGGUUACGGCGCCGAACGAUCGCCUAUGGUGGAGUUGGCAGUUGGUGGGAACGGACCGGAGAAAGCAGUAUAAUGGCAUUGCUCGGAGCGAGUCGACAGAGGAAGCGAGGUUGACGGAUCGAUUGGAGUUCGGGGGGAUUGUGAUGGAAUCGCCCCGGGUGGAGGACGUGAUGGAUACGGAGGGUGGAGUGCUGUGUUAUCGGUAUGAU